GAAAUGAAUUUAGGUCUUUAUGAGUUCUUCAAGGUCAUUUAUUUAAUUGCCCAUGUUUAUUAAGUUUACAAUAAACUAAUUACUGUUUUUCAAAAACUCCCUUCAGAUGAAUACGUGUAAGUUUCAUGUGAGAGCAAUGAAAGGAAUAGGCUUUAGUGAGAAGGGAAAGAAAUUGACCAAAAUACUUAGUUUUAGGGCAAAAUCAAUUCAUAUCCUUUAUGCUACAGUAAUGGUCAAUUCCCACAUGCGCUGUUAGCUAAGUGUAUGUUUUGCUAAAGUCACUCAUUUCCUCUAGCUUCUAGUUUUUUUAACCUAUAAAACAGGAAUGAUAAUUAGAACUGAGUUUGUCUGGGAACCAGUGAAAACUACUCAGUAACUACAGACAUUUCUGAGAAUUUAUGGACUAUAGUGUUAGGGAAGUUCAAGGGUGUUUGUGAAGCUUGAGAAAUGGAAGUAGGAAUAAUUCAUACCUUUCUUCUUAAACAAGUAAAAGUACAAGAACUUAUUUAGCAUAACAUAUGCUAACUAACCUGAGCGGGAAUUUAAAUAUGAAUGUUUAAAUUGAGAAUUUUGCUGUUAGUGCCUAGACUCCUGUGAAUACAUUUACACACAGUAAUUUUAGGGUUAUUAAUUUAUCGAUCUAUCUCAAUUUUUGGUAAGAUAUUUUAAAACAAUAUAGAAAAAUCCUCUCUGUAAGUACUAAUUUUCCUGGUCCAUUUUUAUUUGGUGGAUGUGUGUUGGUGUGUGUGUCUUAGUUAAUGGAUCUUUUCCUGUCACCUUCUCUCUUUUGUUAGAAUUCUCUUCUCUGAAUUGCCUGACACUAAGUGAUAUAAAUUUUUAAAUAUAGGCAGAGAAGCUGUUAUUUUUAUUUAGUUUUUACUCUGUAAUGGAAUUUGUGACAAGAUUAUUUGCUACAAUGUUAUUUUGCGUCUUGAUUAGUGUUCUUUGUAAAGGACCCCAGAUAUGUGUACAAUAGGCACUGUGUGAGCUGUGAACAGGGGAAAUGACCUUCACUCAAAUGCAGCCAAGUGGCCAUUACCAAAGUUUUAAGCAAUUUGAACUGCCUAACUGGAGGUAUGACAGUAGCAAUUGUGGAUGUCCUUAAAGGAUAGCUGUACACAUUUUGAUCAGUGAAUACCCUAAAUUCACUGUGAAAGAAAAAAUUAUUACUGGGUAUAAGUUUGGCUUGAAUGAAGCUUUCUGAAAUGGCCGUUUUUAGAAUCCUGGGAAGGAUGAGUCUGCCAGAUGUGUCUUAAUGAUAAGUGUAACAUGAUCCAGUAUUAUACAUCAUAAAUAAAUUUGCUUAUGAUGUAGUGACUAGCUAGCAGAAGUCUUUUAUCUCCUAAGCAGAGUGAGUUGAGCUUAGAGGCUGUGCCAAUAAUGUAGUGUUUGAGUCUACAGUGACUAGGAGCAGAAUAUCAACAGUGUAAACUUUCUCUCCGGUAAAGUUUAACAUUACAUUUCUUACUGCCUUAAUAAAAAUUGGCUAAGUAUUUUAAGGUACCAGUGACUGGCAGCCCCACAGCCCCACUCAACCCCCCACCCCAACCACAGUACCUCUCCUCAGUCACUGCUUUUCAAAGGUGUUUGAAUGGCAGAACUUUCUGUUUUCAAACUAAGUGAUACCCAGAACCUCAAAUUAUAAAAUGGGUAAAAAAGCAAUGAAAGGAUAGCUUUAAAUCUUUAGCAUUUGUCAGAAAAUAUUUAAUUGCAGUAUAUGUAAAACAUCUUCUGUUGGGUUGGUGCAGACCCCUGGGUUCCUCCUGAGACCAAUUUGAAAAUCCUCAGGUUGUCCAGGGUACUUAGCUCUUGAGGGCAGAAAUGAUUCCUUGAGUUCCUGUACAAAGCCACGAUAUUGAAAGGAAUUCAGUAGCUCUACCAAAAGCUUUCUCAUCUAGAAUUUACAUCUCUGGCUACUGAAAACAUUAAAUUUAUGUUAACCACCCCAAACAUCAAACUUGAUGUUAGAAGUAACCUGUAUUUUGUUCACAGGGAAGUCCUGAAAUCUCACACUUAAAAGCCAUCUUCUCUUUUCACAAAGUUCGCAUAAGCCUGCUUGUUCAGCCGUCUCCAUUAGAAACAAGAGACAGCCUAACAGAAAGAGAAACAGAAAACAAUAUGUAAUUCAGAGAAGGAGCUAAAAUGUACAGUAAACCUUUGAGGAUGAUUUUAAGAUGGAACCAAAUGAUCCUACCUGUUGCUGUGAGCAUAUUAUAGCAUGUUGAAUUCUAAUUGAGCCUUCAGUAAUAAUGAUGAGUCAUUAAAACAGGUAAAAUGAUAGAUAGUGCAUGUAUUCUACUUUUUAAUGUAUGGAUAUGCUUUAGAAAGGUUUUCAACACAAUUAAAAUUCAAGUCUCUUUCUGUGUGUCAGUCUUCUACUGCUUCAGAGCCUGCAUGGUAUCACGGAAUGAGAUGUGAAUUCAGACCUACCUUCAACUCCUGGCUCUUCCAUUUUCUAGUCAUGUGACCUUGGGCAAUAAUGUUACUCAAACUUUGUCACUGUAGUGAAUAACACUUAAUGAUGGGCAUGUUGGUACUCAGUGGUUUUUCUUCCUUGCUCAGCAGGGCCUAGCUUCAGUUAUUUACAAUAUAUCAUCUUCUAAAUUACCUCUUGUGAACUCACUAUUCAUGCUGUAUUAGCCUUAGCUUCAAUUCUGUGUUUGUUUUAUUUAUUCUUCUAAAUUAGUAUCCUCCCCAUCAGGAAUUGCCACUGAAGAGUACCUGCCACCAAAUUGCCCAUAGUCCACCACCAAAGUUCAUUGUACUCCUCCCUUUCCUUUUUGUUCUUACUCCCCCAUCUCCAGAGUGGGUAGGCCCACUCUGGAUGCUGCAGUUCUAUACUCAGCUUGCAUGUGUGUGUUUUUAAGUUUGUCUUUCUCUGAGUCUUAGUUUGAUUUCCCUAUAGUGUGCAUAUUAGUGAUACCAUCUGGUGUUUAUCUCUCUCCUUCUGACUUAUUUCAAUUAGCAUCAUCCCUUCCAGCACCAUCCAUAUUACAGCAAAUGGGAAGAACAUAUAUUUUUUUGAUUGCUGAGUAAUAUUCCAUUGUGUGUGUGUGUGUGUGUGUGUGUGUGUGUGUGUGUGUGUAUGCACACCACAUCUUGAUCCACUCAUCUGUCAUCUUAUUUUGGGCAUUUUGGUUUUGCCCAUAUCUUGGCUACUAUAAAUAAUCAUGGUAUGGACAUAAGGGUACUGGUUUCCUUUCAAAUUAGUGAUUUUGUAUUUUUUAGGUAGGUACCUAGGAGUGGAAUUGCUGGGUUGUACGGACAAUCCAUUUUCAGUCUUUUGAGAAACCUCCACACUGCUUUCCAUAUUGGCUGGAUCAGUCUACAUCCCCACCAGCAUUGUAAGAUGGUUCCCUUUUUUCUACACCCUUGCUAGCACUCAUUACUUAUGGGCCAUUCUCACUGGUGUGAGGUGGUAUCUCAUUGUGGUUUUUAUUUGCAUCUCCCUGAUAAGUGAUAGUGAAUGUUUUUUUCAUGUGUGUAUUGGAAAUCUGUAUGUCUUCUUUGGAGAAGUAACUAUUUAGCUCCUCUGCCCAUUUUUUUUUUCCCCCUGAUUGGGUUACUUGUUUAGUUUUUGUUGAGUUGUUUGGGAUCUUUGUAGAUCUUUGUUAUCAAUUCCUUGUCAGAUGUAUGGUUUGCAAAUAUUUACUCCCAUCUGAUAAGGUGUCUCUUUCUUUUAGUUAUGGUCUCUAUCACUGUGCAGAAGCUUAGCUUCAAUUUUGGUGUUCUGUUACUGUUUAACAAAUCACCCAAAACCAUGAACAGUGUAAGACACUAUCAGUGUAUUACUUUUCAUAAUUCUGUGGGUAACUGGGCACAGGCAAAUAGUUCUUCAAGUCAAUACUGGUUGAAGUUGCAGUUAUGGCAGGGAUGACUGGUAUGGUCACUCAAAUGUCUGGUCUCCUGGUGGACGAGUCUGCAGGAAGGCUAAGUUCAGCUGGGACCUAAGCCUCCCUGACUGUUCUCAGGGCCUCUUUCUACCCCUGUGGCUUUUCCAUGUGUCCUCUUCAGCAUGGAAAAUGUCUUACAUUAAAAAUCAGCCCCUCAAAAGCAUAAAAGCUUACCUCACCUUGUGAUGGGACUGACUCAGUAUUUCUUCUGCUACAUUCUCUUGCAAAAAAAAAUGUAUGAGGGCCUGUUUCAAUUCACUAUGGGAAGGAACUACAAAAGGCUAAAAUGUAUAGAUACCAUUUUGGAAAUAAGCUACUGUUUUUCUCAUUCUUCGUGCCUGACUUGACCCCAUGUCCCUGAUCAUGUUGUACUUAACGGUAUAGGAAAAUCCUCUUUAUAACCCUGUUUUUAUUGGCAGCAGAGGACAAUGAUAAUUUUAUAGGCAUCAAAAUAUGAGAUAAUAUGAUUACCUUGGUCUGACUUCAAAACAGUUUGUUCCAAUAUUGAUGAAUAGAGCAUUACAUUAAGGAUAGACUUGACUUAAAUACAAUAUUUUGUAUUUUGGAUUUAUUGAGGGGAAAAAAAGCCUACCUAUAUGAUAUUACCACCAAACCAUCCCAACUAUAAAUGAAAUUCGUUGUAAAUUAGGUCAUAGUAAUUUUAAGAUAAAAUUCAUGUUCACCACUUCCUAUUCGUAAGUAGAGUUCCACAUUAAAAGUGACUAGAGUAAAAAAGGGGGAUUGGGGAAAUAUUUUGCUGUUAAGCAUUUUGAAUGUGUGAGAGCACUGAAGAUUGAUUAUGAUUGGUUUUCAAGAAUUAUUAUUAAUUUUGUCCAGAAUAUUCAAAUAAUUAAAUUUUGAUGUACGAAAAUAUAAUAUUGUCAUUAUUCCUUCCAAGAAACCUUUUCAAAACAUUGGCUCAGUAUUUCUGAGUCAGAGAUCUCUGAGAACCAGAUAGAUCCUCUUUCUCAGAAAAAAGCAUAUGUGCUCUAAAUUUUGCAUGUAAUAUCAAGUGUUUACAGGUAAAUUCAAAUGCUUGCAUGAAUCCCAGUUUAAGACUCCUAUGUUGUAAAAGUCAUUAAAUCCUUAAUGAUAGAAAAAAAGUUCCUUUUGAUAGUUUAUUUUCCAAGGCAAGACUUAGCAAAUGGUUUAAAUAGAAGUAUAUCUCAACCACUUAGACAACAGCCAUUGUUGAGAUUCUAUUAAAAAGAUUCCACCUACUGCAUUCUAAAUAUCCUAUUAUGAUGUAAUGAGAGGGGGCAAAAACAAAAGUACUUCAUCCAACAUCAGAAUUACAGUGUUGUAAUCCAAUUCACCUCUCUUGUUGGUUUGGAGCCUUCAUUGAAGUUUGUGUGAGAAGCAGGGGGAUUUCUGUUGCAGUAUUGGGUUUAAGAGACUCAACAACAGAACUGAGAGGCAGAAAGGAGCCAGUUGUAAUUCAUACCGAGUUGUAGGCUUUGUGCGAUGAAAGCGAUGGAGCGCUGCCUGGGAGAUUGCUUUGCUGCACUCCACGAAGCAGAUUUGAAACUGUCGUGGACCACUUUAGAUGAGAGUUGGAUUAUGGAAUGACCUGCUAUGUCUGUGUCAUAUUGUUCUGCGCAGGGAGCAUUAUACUGUGCUAACUAGGUGUUCAGUACCAAAUAAGAGAGGCUUGAAGAUGCAGUGGACGCCGGAGCAUGCCCAGUGGCCAGAACAGCACUUUGAUAUCACGUCAACCACUCGGUCUCCUGCCCAUAAAGUGGAAGCCUACAGAGGUCAUUUGCAGCGCACCUAUCAGUAUGCCUGGGCCAAUGAUGAUAUAUCUGCUCUGACUGCAUCCAACCUACUCAAAAAAUAUGCAGAGAAGUAUUCCGGCAUUUUGGAAGGCCCCGUGGACCGACCUGUACUCAGCAACUACUCAGAUGCACCAUCGGGACUAGUGAAUGGUCGGAAAAAUGAAAGCGAACCCUGGCAGCCUUCCUUGAAUUCAGAAGCUGUGUAUCCCAUGAACUGUGUUCCCGAUGUUAUCACUGCCAGCAAAGCUGGAGUCAGUUCAGCCCUCCCUCCAGCAGAUGUCUCUGCCAGUAUAGGGAGCUCUCCUGGGGUGGCCAGCAACCUGACAGAACCAAGUUAUUCCAGUAGUACCUGUGGAAGCCACACUGUACCGAGUCUUCAUGCAGGGCUCCCAUCUCAGGAAUAUGCCCCCGGAUACAACGGAUCAUAUUUGCAUUCUACUUACAGUAGCCAGCCAGCACCUGCACUUCCUUCACCUCAUCCGUCUCCUUUGCAUAGCUCUGGGCUCCUACAGCCUCCACCACCACCUCCUCCGCCACCGGCCCUGGUCCCAGGCUACAAUGGGACUUCUAACCUCUCCAGUUACAGCUAUCCCUCGGCGAGCUAUCCUCCUCAGACUGCUGUGGGAUCUGGGUACAGCCCUGGGGGUGCACCUCCUCCUCCGUCAGCAUACCUGCCUUCAGGAAUUCCUGCGCCUACGCCCCUGCCCCCCACCACUGUUCCUGGCUACACCUACCAGGGUCACGGUUUGACACCUAUCGCGCCCUCGGCUCUGACAAACAGUUCCGCGAGUUCUCUCAAAAGGAAAGCUUUCUAUAUGGCAGGGCAAGGAGAUAUGGACUCCAGUUACGGAAAUUACAGCUAUGGCCAACAGAGAUCUACGCAGAGUCCUAUGUACAGAAUGCCCGACAACAGCAUUUCAAACUCAAAUCGGGGGAAUGGCUUUGACAGAAGUGCUGAAACAUCAUCCUUAGCAUUUAAGCCAACGAAGCAGCUAAUGUCCUCUGAACAGCAAAGGAAAUUCAGCAGCCAGUCCAGUAGGGCUCUGACCCCUCCUUCCUACAGUACUGCUAAAAAUUCAUUGGGAUCAAGAUCCAGUGAAUCCUUUGGGAAGUACACGUCGCCGGUAAUGAGUGAGCAUGGGGACGAGCACAGGCAGCUCCUCUCUCACCCAAUGCAAGGCCCUGGACUCCGUGCAGCUACCUCAUCCAACCACUCUGUGGACGAGCAACUGAAGAAUACUGACACGCACCUCAUUGACCUGGUAACCAACGAGAUUAUCACCCAAGGACCACCAGUGGACUGGAAUGACAUUGCUGGUCUCGACCUGGUAAAGGCUGUCAUUAAAGAGGAGGUUUUAUGGCCGGUGUUGAGGUCAGAUGCAUUCAGUGGACUGACGGCCUUACCUCGGAGCAUCCUUUUAUUUGGCCCUCGGGGAACAGGCAAAACAUUGUUGGGCAGAUGCAUAGCUAGUCAGCUGGGGGCCACAUUUUUCAAAAUCGCCGGUUCUGGACUAGUUGCUAAGUGGUUAGGAGAAGCAGAGAAAAUAAUCCACGCCUCUUUCCUUGUGGCCAGGUGUCGCCAGCCCUCGGUGAUUUUUGUCAGUGACAUUGACAUGCUUCUCUCCUCUCAAGUGAGUGAGGAGCACAGUCCAGUCAGUCGGAUGAGAACCGAAUUUCUGAUGCAGCUGGACACUGUACUAACUUCGGCUGAGGACCAAAUCGUAGUAAUUUGUGCCACCAGUAAACCAGAAGAAAUAGAUGAAUCUCUUCGGAGGUACUUCAUGAAACGACUUUUAAUCCCACUUCCUGACAGCACAGCGAGGCACCAGAUAAUAGUACAACUGCUCUCACAGCACAAUUACUGUCUCAAUGACAAGGAGUUUGCACUGCUCGUCCAGCGCACAGAAGGCUUUUCUGGACUAGACGUGGCUCAUUUGUGUCAGGAAGCAGCGGUGGGCCCCCUCCAUGCCAUGCCAGCCACAGACCUUUCAGCCAUUAUGCCCAGCCAGUUGAGGCCCGUUACAUAUCAAGACUUUGAAAAUGCUUUCUGCAAGAUUCAGCCUAGCAUAUCUCAAAAAGAGCUUGAUAUGUAUGUUGAAUGGAACAAAAUGUUUGGUUGCAGUCAGUGAUAACUUCUUUAAAAAAGAAAAUGUAAUGAAUGUUGGCACACACACAUAAAACCUGCUACAUAGGGUUUAGAGCCCCUUUCCAGUAGUGUUUAAAUCGCAAAAGGGUACUGGGGAAGACAACGAUUAAAUUGCAUCUUUAGAGUCAGGGUAGAUGUGGAGGAAAAAAAUGCAUCAAGUGAGAGCUUCUAAUUUGAAAGCCCCAGAUGACAGAAAGCAUCUGUUGAUGCUCAGUUUGGUUCAAGUUAGACAACACUCACCAAGGAGCAAGGUGCAAGUGUGUUGAUUUCAGAAGGACAUGAACCUCGUGUGUUGAUUCCAUUCUGCUGUUCUCGAGAUUUAGUUGCUGUCAAGUGCCUGGAGUGGUGCUUUAUUUUUUGUUUGCCUCACAAUUACAUUGGUGGCAUGUGCUAAUAUAAAGAGCUUUAACUUCAAACAUUAUUGGACUAAAGAGAUGAACGGUUGUGUUAUGACAGAAAACCAGAUUUUUGCCAUUUUAAGAGCAACAGUAUUCCUCAAUCCUGUCUGUUCUGCAGUAUUAAACUAAGAACAGGUAAAACAGGGUAACGGUAAUCUGGACCUUAAUUUCUGCAGUUCAUUUCUUUUAAUGUUCUUGUCUGCAAAAACUCAGGAAAGCGAUUGUGAUUUGUACAGUACCUCAAAGGAAUGUGUUGAAAGCACUAUGUACUGCUGAGAGUAAUGGGAUAGGCUUCAAUGUUACUUUAUAUUAAAAUGUAUGUUUACCUCAACAAUUGGAAAAUAGCAAGGAAAAUUUCUUUGAAUGUAUCCAGAAAAAUACUGACGUGUGAUACAACUGAAAAUAUUUACAAUUUAAAGUAGAAACAAAAGGAUUUUAAAACAAAGUUCUUUUACUAAUUAUGGGGAAUUAACCUGAGCAGAAUAAUUCUUUAUGUCAAUAACUGCAAGAGUUCGUCGUACAUUGCUCCUUGAUAUUAAGUGAAAAUGUUCUUAAAAGGUACACUGGUUAAUGGAAAGCUACUUUUCCGCUUGUGUUAGUGUCUAAAACAGUCCGUCACAAGACCUGUUUAGGACCCUGAAAGUCACAGUACCUGAAAACGAGGACUGCCUUUUACUGCAUAGGUGGUAGUGGUGGUGGUGGUGGUGGUGGUGCAAGUUAUCUCUUAAAACUGCUGGGAAUGGUGUCAUUCUGUUCACUAAUCUAGCUUCUAGGCUCACCGUGAUGUUUGACAGAAUGCAGAAGAUAGCAACCAAAACAAACAAAUAAUUAAAUACAAAAAACCCAACCAACAUAUAUAUAUUCAUAUAUAUAUAUACAUAUAUAUAUAUGUAUAUCCACAAAGAAACUGUACAUCCCCUCUCCUCCUUUUUGAUCCCUCUCUUGUCAGUGCAAUUUUGCUUCUCAUUUUGAAAUCUGUGCUGUAGUGCUCCUACAUUUAUUUCUACCUCAGUUUUGUUACAUUUCUCUUAGACAAAAAGUAGGAAAUUGGAAAGGGACACACACACACAUACACGAGCACACACACCCCUUAUAGUUUCCCAAACAUGUUACUUUUUCCUCCAUCUUUUCCCAUGAAUCUAGUUUCUGAAAACAUCAGCCUUCAUCCUUACUUCCAUCUCAGUCCACCCCUGCCCGAUAGCAUAGGGGGUAUUUUUUGUCAUUUCCCAUCCUCUCCUGCACCCCACCAAGAUGUUCUUUGUAUCCUUUGACGCUUUAUGUGCAACUUCUCAUGAUAGCUGACUGACGUUCGGCGAUGCCUCUGAGCAGACAGUGUAGGCUGCAGCUUUCUAAAGCCUCUGCCUGUGCAUAAGCAGAACAGCCUUGCUUUUUUAAUGUAUUUUUCUUGGUUUUUUUUUUUCUUCCCCUUUUCAACUGAGAGAUGCAGUAGCAAAACUGUUGCAAAGCACUGGCGUUUUAUGUAUUCAAAAAGUGAUGUACAUUUUUAAAAAUUUUAAAUAAAUGCAAUGAGAAGCCCCAA